CGUCGUCGCGGGUGACUCGCCGGCGGGCUGGAAGGAGGCAGCGCCUAGAGGUUUUUCAGUGGAGGCUGUGGAACUGUUCUUCCUUGGCUCCUGCUCUGUCAGAUCAACUAUGGAACAUGCUGAAGAACAUGAAGCAUGUCUUGAGCAAACCCAGAGGUAUUGUGUGGAGAGACCAAUAUAUAACCAAGAGGUCUUGCAAGGACAGCUGCACAGACGAGAAAGAACACGUCAGACUUUAAGACAGAAGAUUGCACAUUCUUGUCGUUGUUCUUCUAAGAAAGCCAAGUCUCACCUUUACAGUUUCUUACCAAUUUUAAAAUGGCUUCCCCGUUACCCAGUGAAGGAAUACUUAUUAGGAGACAUUAUCUCAGGUAUAAGCACUGGAGUUAUGCAGCUUCCUCAAGGUUUAGCCUAUGCUUUGCUGGCAGCUGUUCCCCCAGUAUUUGGCCUAUACUCUUCGUUUUAUCCUGUCUUUCUAUAUACUUUUUUUGGAACUUCCAAGCACAUAUCAAUAGGCACCUUUGCUGUGAUUAGUAUGAUGGUUGGUGGCGUUGCUGUGAGACAAGUGCCUGAUGAAAUGAUUUCUGUAGGCUAUAAUUCUACUAACGUUACAGAUUCCCUUGAAUAUUACAAUGCUAGGGAUACCAAGAGGGUACAGGUAGCUGUGACUCUCGCCUUUCUUUCAGGAAUUAUCCAGUUGUGUUUAGGUCUCCUUCGAUUUGGAUUUGUAGCCAUCUAUCUAACGGAGCCUCUGGUGCGAGGUUUUACUACUGCUGCUGCGGUUCAUGUCUUCACUUCUCAGUUAAAGUAUCUCCUUGGCAUUAAGACUAACCGAUACAGUGGACCCCUCUCAGUUGUAUAUAGCAUAGCUGCUGUGCUUUCAAAAAUAACAACGACCAAUAUUGCUGCAUUGAUUGUUGGAUUAACAUGCAUUGUUCUAUUGUUGAUUGGCAAGGAGAUCAAUCUCCGGUUUAAGAAGAAGCUCCCAGUUCCUAUUCCUAUGGAGAUCAUUGUGGUAAUUAUUGGCACAGGAGUUUCAGCUGGAAUGAAUCUGAGUGAGUCAUACAGAGUGGAUGUUGUUGGGAAUAUUCCUCAAGGGUUACGUGCACCAGCAGUUCCCGAGAUUCAGCUCAUCCCAGCAAUAUUUGUGGAUGCAGUAGCAAUAGCAAUAGUUGGAUUUUCAAUGGCUGUAUCAAUGGCCAAGAUCUUUGCCCUUAAACAUGGUUACACCAUUGAUGGGAAUCAGGAACUUAUUGCCUUGGGAAUAUGCAACUCUGUGGGGUCAUUUUUCCAAAGCUUUUCAGUCACUUGCUCAAUGUCUCGGAGUCUUGUUCAGGAAAGCACUGGUGGAAAAACUCAGAUUGCAGGUGCUCUCUCUUCAAUUAUGGUUCUGUUGGUAAUUGUGGCUAUUGGAUACCUCUUUGAACCGCUUCCACAGACAGUGCUAGCUGCAAUUGUCAUGGUGAACCUGAAAGGAAUGUUUAAACAGUUUGGAGAUGUCGUGCAGUUCUGGAGAACCAGUAGGAUUGAGCUGGCCAUCUGGGUGGUAGCUUUUGUGGCUUCUCUUUUCCUGGGACUAGACUAUGGUUUGCUUACUGCAGUAGCAUUUGCAGUGAUAACCGUUAUUUACAGAACACAAAGCCCUCAGUACAGAAUCCUUGGUCAGAUUCCUGACACUGACAUCUACUGUGAUGUGGAAGAGUACGAAGAGGUUAAAGAAUAUCCUGGAAUAAAAAUAUUUCAAGCUAAUGCAUCACUGUAUUUUGCCAAUAGCGAGUCAUAUACAAGUGCACUGAAGAAAAAGACUGGAGUGGACCCUUGUGCCAUAUUAGCAGCAAGGAGAAAAGCCCAGAAGAGGCAUGCCAGGGAAAGAAAGGCGGCAAAUGAACUCAGAAAGCAAGCUGUAUUGAAACUAGUGAAUUCUUCGACUAAUGACGUGGAAGCAAGUGUAAAACAUGAGAUAGCAAAUGAUGAGUUACCUGUAAAUGGAAAAUUUGCAUCUGCAGAUGCUAGUGUACAAGACAUGUCUCCUGAUGAACAUGAACAUUUUGUGGAGCCCAAAACAAACAUCCACUCGUUAAUUCUGGAUUUCACCCCGGUGAACUUUGUGGAUUCAGUUGGAGCAAAAACAUUAAAAUCAAUUAUAAAAGAAUACAAAGAAGUUGGUGUCUGUGUCUGUAUUGCCAGCUGUAGCGGCCCUGUUAUGAAUGAGCUGACAAGACUGAAUUUUUUUGAUAACACUGUAACAAGAGCGUUGCUGUUUCACAGUAUUCAUGAUGCUGUCCUUGCUUGCCAAGUGAAAGACGAGUCUGCUUCACAGACUGAUUUUGACCUCUGAAGAGUGGCAUCGAGCAGAAUGGAAGCCAGAUUUACGCUGAUGGAGACUCUUUCUGAAUAUUUAAUUUGCACAGUUUAAAGAGAGCCUAAGGCUGUUUGUAUCUACGGGUAUAGGGUGGUGCUUACUUUCUGUAGGAAGAGCGGAUAAGGAGUUGGAAGCCUUCGUGCUCUUGAAUUUUUUCCUUCAAUCAGGGUAUAGCCUUCCAACAACAUACAAGCACAAAAUUAUGCAGGACAAGAAAAUUCAGUGUAUUCUGCUACAAUCAGAAUCUGAUAGACAAGGUGACAUUCCUAUUGCUGUUGAGAAAAUGGGCACUUUAACUCACUACGAGGUGGGAUCUUGCAGGAAGUAACUGUUCUGCAAUUGCAAUGCACUGUACCAGUGUCUUUAAAGAACUUUCUCAGGUGACUUUUAAAGCCUGAUGUCAACACCUGCAUACAACAGAUUCGUAUAAAUUAUAAUGAUCUGCCAGCUGGAUUAAUGAAUUCACACUGGUGGCAUUUAGCUGCUACUCUUUUUAAACCUGGAUGGUACAGUUAUUUUUUUAAAAUAUCUAACCUGUCUCAACUAUACUCAGCUCUUCAUUGCCUGAACAUUUUCACUCUAAGUGAACUUCAAAUUAGAAACUGUUUGAUUAUUACAUUAGCAAUAUGGUACUUUCACUGCCAAAACCUAGUUAUGCUUUCUAGAAAAGAAUACAGUUGAUUUUAAGCUAAAAUUAAUUUAGCUUCAAAGUUUGAAGACAAAACUGGUUUAAGGCAGGAGUGAAGCCUAUCAAAAUUAAAUUAAGAACUGAUGCCCUACAUGCAGUCUCUUAAGCUGGAAUAAAAAUGUAGACAAGGUCUAAAGCCUCAGUGGUCCAAAAAAAGAGAAGUACUUUUCUGUUGCCUGAGAGAUCUUCCUACCAGCAGUGCUGCUUCUGCCUCAGCUUUUAAGUGCUUUGAGAAAUAGAUUUCAAUAGAACUCAAAAAUGUUAUGUGUUUGGGUUUUUUUAAAAGAAAUAGUAGUGUGGGGUUUUCUUCUAUUGUCUUCAUGACCUGGCCGCUGUGGUACUGCUUAACUUCCGGUGUGAGACAAAAAACAUGGACGUAAUUCAAGCAAAAGAAAGGAAUCUUCAAUGCCUGUAUUUCCCCAACCACUAUCAAUCUGAGCAGACGUAGGAACCUAAAAGUGUUUCUCUGUAGGUUAUUUGACAGCACAGGGAAGUGGAGCAUCAGUGACAUUUCAUUUAGCACCCUCAAAUCAAAGGUCCUGGGCGUAAGGGAAUUCAAACGACUUCCUCUCUUCUGAAUGCGGAACUUAAUACUUCUAUCUUGCUUCGAGCCGUGUUGUGAUUAGGGCUUGCUUCAGGUAAACCAAGUUUCCCAAGAACUGGGGGCAGUCAGGGAAGAUGUUUUAUUUCCUCAGACUCCCGUGCCAAUAGGGAUAGGAAGCGUUCUGCAUCACAAAUUACUGCUUAGCUGGAGUUCAAAGGAUGAAUUGAAUGCAUCUUCAGACACUGUGCGUGUUGGUUAAACAACUUCUGGUGCAUUUUAUAAUGUUAAGUAGUUUAACAAGCCUUUGUAUCUACAUACAGUAUAUUUUUCUACUUUCAGCUUGUCGCAGCUUCAGUUUUUAACUAUGUAGUCUCUUCAUGUCAAAAUCCUGUCAACUUCUACAAUAAAGUGACGAUCAUGACUU